AUGCCCUUUGGCUGUGAAAGUGCCAACUGUUUCUUCUUACGCAAGUUGCCCUCAGAGGCAGAAGAGUCUGGGAAUGCUCCCGAGACCCAUUAUGAGCAAACGUUCAGUGAGCCGAGGUUAAGCAAGCGGGUGUUUGAGCCCUUCACCAGACACAGAUGCCGUGGUCACGGCCGGUCCAAGUGCGGGCUGUGCCAUGGGGCAGGCCGGAUAUUCCCAGGCAGCCGACAGAUGUGUGCCGCGCGCAGGGGGUCCCGCCGGGGGCUGAAGCAGGAGGGGAGGUGCCAGCUUUGCUCGGGUGCAGGGCGCAGGAGGCGCAAUACCUGUUCUGGCCGGGGCAGCAAGACCUGUGCGACGUGUCAGGGAGAGAAAAAGCUCCAACUUUUCAAGCAGCUGGCGGUAACCUGGAAGAACGAUGUCUUUGAAUUUGUUUCUGAGCAUCAUCUGAACUUCCCAGGAGAGCUGCUCAGCAAAAUCGGCGGAGAGAAUGUAUUUAAAGAUGAAAAUGUGGUGGUGAGGUUGGCUCUCGGGGCCGGAGGGGUUCCCUCCCGGAGCGGCUGUGAAGGAGGGGGGGUGUGA